UGUUGUUGUUGCUGAGCCCAUCCUCGCCAGAGGGGUUUAUAAUGCCAAUUACUAUUGGUUUUCUGAAAACGGGUAAAUAAGCAAAGAUCAUGUUCUGCAACCUCGUUUCGGACCGAUACCUACAUCUCUACCACGCGACAGCUGUUCCAUGAUGGCAGCCAGCUUCGUUCCACGCCAUGUGUUCCCUCACUAUGCCUCCGUCCCGAGGUCGUAUUUUCUGGGUCACCAUCGUGCAGGAUUGAGGAAGAUGAAGGAAAUGCUGUCAUCGAUUGACUAUGUCGUCGAGUGCCGCGAUUUCAGAGCGCCCGUCACCUCGAUCAAUCCGAUGUUUGAAGAGGCCUUGGGGGAAACAAGACGGCUGAUUGUAUAUACCAAAAAAGACUUAGGCUGCCAGCCCGACUCGCCCGUGCGACUACAGAUGGAAAAGAAAAUCCGAUCUUUCGACCAGCGUGGCGCCGUUUUCUUCGUGAGCUCCACAUCUCGCCAAGACAUGUCUCCGAUCCUUAAGCAUCUCCGGAACGAUGCUCAGGGCCCAGAUAAGCUAGUCGGUUGUCGUGUCAUGGUGGUGGGCAUGCCCAAUGUGGGCAAAUCGACCUUAAUUAACAAUCUGCGUAACCAAGGCGUGAAGCGCGCAAAGGCAGUGCAGACCGGAGGUCAGCCUGGCAUCACCCGCAAAAUCGGGACCCCGGUUAAGAUCAUCGAGAGGGAGAACGAGUCCCACGUCUAUGUGCUCGACACCCCCGGUGUUUUCGUGCCUUUCGUGCCGGACGCAGAGAAGAUGCUGAAAUUAGCUCUCUGCGGCUGUGUGAAGGAUGCCGUGGUGCCUCCUGUCACACUGGCGGAUUAUCUGCUCUACCACAUCAAUCUCCACAACGCCCAGGUAUACGAGCGAUGGUCAGAGCCCACGAAUGAGGUUAUGGCUCUCUUGAAUCGAUUCGCACGGCAUGCUGGGCAUCUCUCCAAAGGCGGUGUGCCGAAUAUCGACCUUGCAGCCCUCCACUUGAUCCAGAAAUGGCGAGCAGGAGACCUUGGUCGAUUCCUCCUCGACGAUCUGAGUGCCGAGGAGCAACGUCGACAGGAAGAAGGUCCAAGGGGAGCCGUGGUUAUGAGUAUGUCUCAGGCUUUGAAAGCGGACAAGAAGGCAAGGAAACAGCGGCCCAUGGAGACUAAAAAGUAGAUGAAGAGGUAGAAUAGAAAGAUG